AUGGCGCCAUCAUUAGAGGAACCCGAGGCCAUCGCCGACGUCCUCGCCAACCCUCUCAAGCAGAAACCCCAGCUCGUCGCUCCCGAGCCAGAACACUGUCCAGGCCCCGAAUCCGAGCGUGCCGGAACAGCAUCAUCGUGCGAUGGCUGCCCUAACCAGGCCAUCUGCGCAUCUGCCCCCAAGGGCCCCGACCCAGACAUCCCCAUCAUCACGGCGCGGCUGGAGCACGUCAAGCACAAGAUCCUGGUGCUGAGCGGAAAGGGCGGCGUCGGAAAGAGCACCUUUACCAACCUUCUCGCGCACGCCUUUUCAACGAACCCGGACAGCACGGUGGGCGUCAUGGACGCCGACAUUACGGGCCCCAGCACGGCCAAGAUGCUGGGCGUGGAGGACGAGACCAUUCACGUCAGCGCUACGGGUAUGUCGCCCGUGUGGGUGACGGAGAACUUGGCGGUCAUGUCGAUACAGUUUAUGCUGCCGGAUAGAGACGCCGCGAUUAUCUGGAGGGGCCCGAAGAAGAAUGGCCUGAUUAAGCAGUUUCUAAAGGAUGUGGAGUGGGGAGAACUGGAUUUCCUGCUGGUCGAUACGCCGCCGGGGACGAGCGACGAGCAUCUGAGCGUCAACUCGUUCCUCAAGGAGAGCGGGAUCGACGGCGCCGUGGUGGUGACGACGCCGCAGGAGGUUGCGCUGCUGGACGUGCGCAAGGAAAUCGACUUUUGCCGCAAGGCCGGCAUCAGGAUCCUGGGGCUGGCGGAGAACAUGAGCGCGUUUGUGUGCCCCAACUGCAAAGGCGAAAGCCAGAUCUUCAAGGCCAGCACGGGUGGUGGCCGGGCGCUGGCGGAGGAGAUGGACAUUCCGUUCCUGGGGUCGGUGCCUCUGGACCCGAGGAUACGCAUGGCGUGUGAUUAUGGGGAGAGCUUCUUUGACUCGUUCCCCGAUAGCCCGGCUUGUAUUGCGUUUAAGCAGGUGGUGAGGAAUGUAGGACGGCAGCUGGGCUUGGAUGAGAAGAGCGUGCUGCCGGAAUAG